UGUUGCCCUUUGUGCUCUCACGACCUUGAACUUUGAACCAUUUAUUUCUAUGAUGAAAUCACUGAUAGAUGAUGAUGAGGAAGAGACUUGGUAUUAUUUCCUCAUGUUUACAAUAGCUCUAAUCAACAUUAGAUGUACAAGUUUCUGCCUUGAGAAAUGUUGGAAUUAUCAAGAACAACAAGCAGCUCAAGAAAGCCAGAAUACUGACAUGUACAAAGAGAGGAAGCAGCCGGGGACCAUUCAUGAACAAGGAUCAGGGAACCAGACUAAGGAAGGGAAAGAAGCAGUGGGCUACAGCUUCAUUGACUUUCUGUCUUAUGUAUUUUAUCUCCCCUUGUAUUUCACUGGACCUAUACUGACAUAUAAUCUCUAUAAAGAACAGAUGAAUUCUCCAAUACCAGAAAAUCCCAGACCACACCUGAAAUUGCAGACGCUACAUCUGUUUCGCAUUUGUUUCUGGGCGAUGUUUAACGAGUUCCUUCUACAUUUCUUGUACUUCAACGCAUUACAACACAACACGGCCGUCCUGCGGUCAGUGUCGCUGUUCUCGCUGGCAGGUUUAGGCUACAGUCAUGGACAGUUCUUUAUGGUGAAAUACCUAGUCAUGUUUGGACUACCCGGCACCAUAGCAAAGUUCGAUUAUUUGAAUCCACCAGACCCACCCAACUGCAUCUCCUAUAUAUAUCUGUACUCGGACAUGUGGAAAUGUUUUGACAAAGGUUUAUACAGCUUUUUGAAAAG